AUGUUUUACGAUAAUCUCACCUCCAGCGGCAAUAUCACCAGGUUUGUGGUGGUGAAAAAUGCCUCCACAUCACUCCUCUCACCAUGGCGGGCCUUUGACAGAGUCUUUACGUCGAUCAUGGGCUACCCGGCCAGCGAGUUCGAUUUCGUACAUGGCCGCACGCCCUUCUCAACUUUCAGCGAGACCACGAGUAUGGUGGUGCUCUACCUCCUAGUCGUCUUUGGUGGACGUGAGGUAAUGCGCAACCGCAAACCACUAGAGUUGAAUACCCUCUUCAAGAUUCACAACUUGUUCCUGUCUCUUCUGAGCGGUGCUUUGCUAGCUCUGUUCGUCGAGCAGAUCGCACCGAGCUUGUGGCAGAAGGGCAUCUACGAGAACAUCUGCGGACCUUCGGGCUGGACACAACCGCUUGUUGUUCUGUACUAUAUCAACUACCUCACAAAGUACUACGAGCUCAUCGACACCGUCUUCUUGAUGCUCAAGAAGAAGCCCCUCACUUUCCUACACUGCUAUCACCACCCUGCCACCGCGCUCCUCUGCUUCAGUCAAAUGGUCGGAGCUACCCCGCUGUCCUGGGUACCCAUCACGCUCAACCUGACGGUGCAUGUAGUCAUGUACUGGUAUUACUUCCAGACUGCACGAGGCGUCAAGGUAUGGUGGAAACAGUGGAUCACCGUCUUGCAGAUCACCCAGUUCGUACUCGACCUUGGUUUCGUCUACUUUGGCUUCUACGAUGUCUUUGCGGACACGUACUUCAAGGAACUCCUCCCCCACGUUGGUCGAUGCGGCGGCGAGUUCUUCGCAGCCGUCACGGGCGGCGCCAUUCUGACGUCGUACCUGGUGCUCUUCAUCAUGUUUUACAUUUCAACUUACAAGAAAGGCGGCCGCAGCAAGGCGGUGCAAAAGUCCAAGCCGGUUGUCCUCGAUGAUAAGCAUGCCUUGGCGGCAGCGGCGGCGGCAACAGUGACCUUGGGAGCUAAGAACGCCACGGUUGAGCUCGAAACCUGA